CCCCGGCCGACAACACCCGAGAGCCCAGUUCCCAGGCCGAUGGCAAGGGGCGGCCUGGCGCGGCCGAGCCACCAUCAGUCAUGCUGUUGAAUGGAGACUGCCCAGAGAGUCUGAAGAAGGAGGAGGGGGCAGCUGAGCCACCUCGGGAAAAUGGGCUGGAUGAGGCCGAGCCAGGAGAGGAGGCCACCGGGCAGGAAGUCAUUGUCAUUCAGGACACGGGUUUUUCUGUGAAGAUCCUGGCCCCUGGGAUCGAGCCCUUCUCCCUGCAGGUGUCCCCCCAGGAGAUGGUGCAGGAGAUCCACCAGGUGCUCAUGGACCGUGAAGACACGUGUCACCGCACCUGCUUCUCACUGCACCUGGAUGGCAACAUGCUGGACCACUUCUCAGAGCUGCGCAGUGUUGAGGGGCUACAGGAGGGCUCGGUGCUGCGUGUGGUGGAAGAACCAUACACGGUACGCGAGGCCCGCAUCCACGUGCGCCAUGUCCGAGACCUGCUCAAGAGCCUGGACCCGUCUGAUGCUUUCAAUGGGGUUGACUGCAAUUCCUUGUCCUUCCUGAGUGUCUUCACCGACGGCGACCUGGGAGACAGCGGGAAACGGAAGAAGGGCUUGGAGAUGGACCCCAUUGACUGCACACCGCCCGAGUACAUCCUUCCAGGGAGCCGGGAGCGGCCAUUGUGUCCACUGCAGCCCCAGAACCGCGACUGGAAGCCCCUGCAGUGCCUGAAGGUGCUCACCAUGAGUGGCUGGAACCCGCCACCCGGUAACCGCAAGAUGCAUGGGGACCUCAUGUACCUAUUUGUGAUCACAGCCGAGGACCGACAAGUCAGCAUCACGGCCUCCACGCGGGGCUUCUACCUGAACCAAUCUACAGCAUAUCACUUCAACCCCAAACCUGCAAGCCCCCGCUUCCUCAGCCAUUCCCUGGUGGAGCUGCUCAACCAAAUCAGCCCGACCUUUAAAAAAAACUUUGCCGUGCUGCAGAAGAAAAGGGUCCAGCGCCACCCGUUCGAGAGGAUCGCCACCCCGUUCCAGGUGUACAGCUGGACGGCCCCCCAGGCAGAGCACGCCAUGGACUGUGUGCGCGCGGAGGACGCCUACACCUCGCGGCUGGGCUACGAGGAGCACAUUCCUGGACAGACCCGGGACUGGAAUGAAGAGCUGCAGACGACGAGGGAGCUGCCCCGCAAGAACCUGCCCGAGCGGCUUCUGCGAGAAAGAGCCAUAUUCAAGGUGCACAGUGACUUCACAGCAGCAGCCACACGGGGGGCCAUGGCGGUCAUUGACGGCAAUGUCAUGGCCAUCAACCCCAGUGAGGAGACCAAGAUGCAGAUGUUUAUCUGGAACAAUAUCUUCUUCAGCCUGGGCUUUGAUGUCCGUGACCACUACAAGGACUUUGGUGGGGACGUGGCGGCCUACGUGGCCCCUACCAACGACCUGAAUGGCGUGCGCACGUACAACGCGGUGGACGUAGAGGGGCUGUACACGUUGGGCACGGUGGUGGUGGAUUACCGUGGCUACCGUGUCACAGCCCAGUCCAUCAUCCCCGGCAUUCUGGAGCGGGACCAGGAGCAGAGUGUCAUCUAUGGCUCCAUUGACUUUGGCAAGACAGUGGUGUCCCACCCACGGUACCUGGAGCUGCUGGAACGCACAAGCCGGCCCCUCAAGAUCCUGCGGCACCGGGUGCUCAACGACCGGGAGGAGGAGGUAGAGCUCUGCUCCUCCGUCGAGUGCAAGGGCAUCAUCGGCAAUGACGGGCGCCACUACAUCCUUGACCUGCUGCGCACCUUCCCGCCCGACCUCAACUUCCUGCCCGUGCCCGGGGAGGAGCUGCCCGAGGAGUGCACCCGGGCUGGGUUCCCCCGCGCCCACCGGCACAAGCUCUGCUGUCUGCGUCAGGAGCUGGUCGAUGCCUUUGUGGAGCACAGGUACCUCCUCUUCAUGAAACUGGCGGCUCUGCAGCUGAUGCAGCAGAAAGCCAGCAAGAUGGAGAGUCCUACUUCCCUGGAAAACGGCGGCCCCCCCUCAGCGGUGCCCAAGCAUGAGGUCUCCCCGGGACCUGAGGUGGGCGGUGAGGAGGAAGGUGGCAGUGCUAGCGGCUUGGCCAAGGUGAAGGAGCUGGCAGAGACCAUUGCCUCGGACGAUGGUGCAGACCCACGGAGCCGGGAGGUCAUCUGCAACGCCUGCAAGGCCGUGGGCUCUGUCAGUAGCACAGCCUUCGACAUUCGCUUCAACCCUGACAUCUUCUCGCCAGGGGUCCGCUUCCCCGAAUCCUGCCAGGAGGAAGUUCGAGACCAGAAGCAGCUGUUGAAAGACGCAGCUGCCUUCCUGCUCUCCUGCCAGAUCCCAGGCUUGGUGAAGGACUGCACAGAUCACGGGGUGCUGCCCAUGGAUGGGGCCACACUGGCUGAGGUGAUGCGCCAACGUGGCAUCAACAUGCGCUACCUGGGCAAGGUGCUGGACCUGGUGCUCCGGAGCCCCGCCCGUGACCAGCUGGACCACAUCUAUAAAAUUGGUAUCGGAGAACUCAUAACCCGCUCUGCCAAACACAUCUUCAAGACGUACUUGCAGGGGGUCGAGCUCUCAGGCCUCUCAGCUGCUAUCAGCCACUUCCUGAACUGCUUCCUGAGCUCCUAUCCCAACCCCGUGGCCCACUUGCCUGCCGACGAGCUGGUCUCCAAGAAGAGGAAUAAGAGGCGGAAAAACCGGCCCCUGGGGGCCUUGGAUAACACAGCCUGGGCUGUCAUGACCCCCCAGGAGCUCUGGAAAAACAUCUGCCAGGAGGCUAAGAACUACUUCGACUUUAGCCUUGAGUGUGAGACUGUGGACCAGGCUGUGGAGACCUAUGGCCUCCAGAAGAUCACACUGCUGCGGGAGAUCUCCCUGAAAACUGGGAUCCAGAUCCUACUGAAGGAAUACAGCUUUGACAGCCGCCACAAACCAGCGUUCACUGAGGAGGAUGUGCUCAACAUCUUCCCUGUGGUCAAGCACGUCAGCCCCAAGGCCUCGGAUGCCUUCCAUUUCUUCCAGAGCGGGCAGGCCAAAGUACAGCAGGGCUUCCUGAAGGAGGGUUGCGAGCUCAUCAAUGAGGCUCUGAACCUGUUUAACAACGUGUACGGCGCCAUGCACGUGGAGAUCUGUGCCUGCCUGCGUCUGCUUGCGCGGCUCCACUAUAUCAUGGGUGACUAUGCUGAGGCCCUGAGCAACCAACAGAAGGCAGUGCUGAUGAGUGAGCGUGUGAUGGGCAUCGAGCACCCCAACACCAUCCAGGAAUACAUGCACCUGGCCCUGUAUUGCUUUGCCAGCAGCCAGCUGUCCACAGCCCUGAGCCUGCUGUACCGUGCCCGCUACCUCAUGCUGCUUGUGUUUGGGGAAGACCACCCCGAGAUGGCAUUGCUAGAUAACAAUAUCGGGCUGGUGCUGCAUGGAGUGAUGGAGUACGACCUGUCGCUGCGCUUCCUGGAGAAUGCGCUGGCCGUCAGCACCAAGUACCACGGGCCCAAGUCCCUCAAGGUGGCCCUCAGCCACCACCUUGUUGCCCGGGUCUAUGAGAGCAAAGCUGAGUUCCGUUCGGCCCUGCAGCAUGAGAAGGAAGGCUAUACCAUCUACAAGACCCAGCUGGGCGAGGACCACGAGAAAACCAAGGAGAGCUCUGAGUACCUCAAGUGCCUGACCCAGCAGGCCGUGGCCCUGCAGCGUACCAUGAACGAGAUCUACCGCAAUGGCUCCAGCGCCAACAUCCCACCCCUCAAGUUCACAGCCCCCAGCAUGGCCAGUGUCUUGGAACAGCUCAACGUCAUCAACGGCAUCCUCUUCAUUCCUCUCAGCCAAAAAGACUUGGAGAACCUGAAGGCCGAGGUGGCACGGCGGCAGCAGCUCCAGGAGGCCAGCAGAAACAGGGAGAAGGCUGAGGAGCCCAUGGCCACUGAGUCUGAGCCUGCGGGGCCCCCAGAGGAGGCUGCCUCUCAGCCCCAGGUGGCCAAGGACCCUUCUCCAAGCUUGCAGGGGUAG